AAUAGCAAUCUUGAAUUGCAUGCCAAUAUUUGUACAUCCUACUGGCAAACAUUUCCUACAUGACAUGACCAACUAUUCACAAUGAAAGUCAUAUCCUGUCACGUUGCCUACAGAAGUGGCAAGAACUCUUAAGAAACUUGGUGAACGAUAACUUGGAGAAAUAACUCACUUUGACUACCUGUCUACGGCAUCAAGCAACAUUUAUCCUCUCAUUUCCAAGCACAGAAAACUAACCAUGGCGCCCAUUUUACUCAAUUGCAUGGGAACGGAGCAGGAGGAAUAUAUCAAACCACAGGUUCAUGUGAAGAAUCCCCACUUGGACUUAAUGGAGGAAGACAUCCUGUACCAUUUCAACCUGGGAACCAAGACCCACAACCUGCCUGAGAUGUUUGGGGAUGUCAAGUUUGUGUGUGUUGGAGGAAGUGCAAAUCGCAUGAGAGCUUUCGCUAAGUUCAUGCACCAGGAGCUGGGCUUGCCUGGGAACACGGAUGAGAUCACUGAUAUCUGUGAAGGGACAGACCGCUACUCCAUGUAUAAAGUCGGGCCAGUGUUGUCUAUCAGCCAUGGCAUGGGAGUGCCCUCCAUCUCCAUCAUGCUUCACGAGCUCAUCAAGCUGCUCCAUCACGCAAGCUGCCGUGACGUCAACAUCUUCCGCAUCGGCACCUCAGGAGGAGUUGGUCUGGCCCCAGGCACAGUGGUGGUCACAGACAAAGCCGUGGACAGCUUCUUCAGGCCCCAGUUUGACCAGGUGGUCCUGGGGAAGGUGAUUGUCAGGAGCACGGAGCUGGACGCGGAUCUGGCAGACGAGCUGCUGCAGUACUCCAGGGAGAUGCCCGAUCUGCCCACCGUCAUCGGGAACACCAUGUGCACCUACGAUUUCUACGAAGGUCAGGGCCGGCUGGACGGAGCUCUGUGCUCCUUCUCCACCGAGGAGAAGCUGGAGUACCUGAGGAAAGCCUACGAUGCUGGCGUCAGGAACAUCGAGAUGGAGUCCACUGUGUUCGCCGCCAUGUGUCGUGUGUGCAACCUCAAAGCUGCUGUGGUGUGUGUGACCCUGCUGAACCGCUUCGACGGAGACCAGAUCUCCACGCCCCACGAGGUGCUGGUGGAGUACCAGCAGAGGCCCCAGUGCCUAGUCGCCCAGUUCAUCAAGAAGCGCCUGGGCCUGCAGGCCUGAUCUAAGCGCUGCCCACCCAGGCCACGAGUCUGAUCUGUGUAUAUGUACAAAAGUGUUCAUAGUUAUUUAAAAUGAUGCUGAUUCAAUAUACUGUUAGAAGGAAGGGAGUGGUGUCCCGUACGUAGACGUACAUGUGGGGGCCUCAUUCUUUACCUCACUUUGAUCCAUGGCACUUCUUCACUUGGAAAAGGGACUUUCAAAGUGGUACUUUAGACACUGAAUUGCAAACAAUGUAUCUGUUUAAUCACAUAAUUAGUUUUCCAUCAUUCCUUUUUUGCCCUUUGGUAUAGAGUAUGGUUGCAAUGUUUGUUGUAGAGGGUUUAGGACUCUCGUGGGCUAUAGGUCAUGUGGUGACAUUAACAAGUCACCAUAUAUAUCUACAUAAACAACAUUGUGUCUGUAAGUGUAUUGGAAUCACACAAACCAACAAAUGUAUCAGUUAUCCAAAAUGUGUAUGUUAUGUGUAUAUUAGGAGUAUCUAGUUACCUAGUUGUAUAUGUUGCAAAUAUGUUUCCAUUAUUUGAUGUAUAAUUUCAAUGUGUACAUUUAUAUGAUGUUUUUACUUGAUACUUUUUAAAUACAAACCUUGAUAAAACCA